AUGAAGGGGCAACCUAAAGGUGCUAUAGCAAGAGGCGGUAGGAGAGGAAGUGGAGUUGUGAUGGAAAGAAGUGCUAAGGGAAGAGGAGCUGCAACUAGCAGAGAUGUUGUGAGUGAACAACAACAAACUCAGGCCAGACCAAAGUUUAAUGUGAGAAGAGGAGCCCAUGUCCCCCAAGUCAUAAGAAAGAUCAAUCUAUUUGCUGGUUCACAACCUACCCAAGGUUCAAGUUCCCAACCUGUGAAAGCUUCAAAUUCAUAA